UCUUGAUUCUUGAUUUUCUUUGUUUUGCAAAACAAUAACAACAAUGGGAGACGUUUCUCACGACAAAAGAUCGGGAUGCGGCAUAUUUAACGUUGUUUUCGGUCGUAGAAGUAUCUGGCCGAGAAGAUCAACCUCCACCGGCUCCCUCCCUUCUUCUUCGAACCCUAACCACGUCACCCGUUAUCCGAGCACCCCCGUUUCGAGAGCUCCUAAAAACGACGCCGUUUCGAAUCCCCCACAAAAGAGCGCCGACAGGAUCGUAUCCCGACCGCCUCAAAACAUUUCCAAAUCCCCACCACCUUAUCAUAAUCAUAAUCAUAAUCAGGGGGCCUACAAGAUUAAUCAGACGAAUAAUAAUCAUGCGAAAAAUCAGCAGGGGUAUAAUGGUCAAUCGAGAAAAGUCCCUCCGACGGGACUCGGAAUCUCCGGCGAGCUCGAGAGCAUGAUCACCGAUCAUCAGAAAUCAAGAGCCGCCGCCGGCGGAUUGGUCCGUGCUUCUUCCAGCAAUGUAAUGAUAUAUGGAAAUUUGGGGAAUUUGAGGCAGAAUAAUAGUAAUAGUAAUAGUAAUAAUAAUAAUAGUAAUAAUCCCGAGACUAAUGGGAUAAUUAAUCCCGCUGGUUCAACCAAUGGGAUAAUUAAUCCUCCCACUAGCUCAACAAAUAAUGGGAAGUAUUCGAAUAAAAAAAUAGACGGGCCCACAAAGCCCGUUUCGUUGUGCCGGGCCCUAUCGACUAGGAUUGACCCGGAGCAGUUGAAGAUUUUGGGGAAUGAGGAUUACAAGAAUGGGAGGUUUGGGGAGGCUCUUGCGCUCUACGAGGCUGCGAUUUCAAUCGAUCCGAAUAAGGCAUCUUAUCGGAGCAAUAAGAGCGCGGCUUUGGUGGCGUUGGGGAAGCUUCUAGAAGCUGCGUUCGAGUGUCGGGAAGCUAUUCGUAUCGACCCGUUUUACCAAAGGGCUCAUAAUCGACUAGCAACAAUUUAUGUCAGAUUAGGAGAAGCAGAGAAGGCUAUGUAUCAUUUUAAACAAUCGGGACCCGAAGCUGACCCCGAUGCUAGUAACAAGGCUAAGAAAGUUACGAUUCAUUUAAAUAAGUGCACCGAUGCGAUGAGGCAACGUGAUUGGAUAACGAUCUUGAAAGAGUCGAGCUUGUCUAUAGAAUCCGGUGCCGAUUCUGCGCCGUUGAUAUUUGGUUUGAAAUCUGAGGCAUUGUUGAAGCUGAAUCGACAUCAAGAAGCAAUCGAAACAAUGGACACUUGUCCGAAUUUCGACAUUGAUGAAUGUACGAAAUUCUUCGGCCCAAUCGGGACUUCGAGUUUAUUAAUAUAUCGCGCUCAAAUCGACUUAGUAGCUGGGAGGUUAGAAUCGUCUUUUUCAUUAGUGAUACACUAUUUUUUGCCCUAAGAAUGUGAAAAUAGUUGUGAUUUUC